GCUCUGCCUCUGAGGGCCGGGGGCCGCCAUUUUGUCAGCAGCGGCUGGAGGAAAGGAAGGUGGAGGCGGGUGGAGCCCCCUCGCCCCGUGUAAGGCCUCCCUGGCCCGUAAAAUCCAGCAAAGAUGUCUGAAUACAUCCGUGUUACUGAGGAUGAGAACGAUGAGCCCAUUGAGAUCCCUUCAGAGGAUGAUGGCACUGUGCUGCUAUCCACAGUUACUGCCCAGUUCCCUGGAGCAUGUGGCCUGCGUUACAGGAACCCAGUGUCUCAGUGUAUGAGAGGAGUCCGGCUAGUGGAAGGAAUUCUGCAUGCUCCAGAUGCUGGCUGGGGAAAUCUUGUCUAUGUUGUUAAUUAUCCCAAAGAUAACAAGAGGAAAAUGGAUGAAACAGAUGCCUCAUCAGCUGUGAAAGUAAAACGAGCAGUACAAAAGACAUCUGAUUUAAUAGUUUUGGGUCUUCCCUGGAAAACCACUGAACAAGAUCUAAAGGAAUAUUUCAGUACAUUUGGAGAAGUUCUCAUGGUGCAGGUUAAGAAGGACAUUAAGACUGGUCACUCAAAGGGAUUUGGUUUUGUUCGAUUUACGGAGUAUGAAACCCAGGUGAAAGUGAUGUCUCAACGACACAUGAUAGAUGGAAGAUGGUGUGACUGUAAACUUCCUAAUUCUAAGCAAAGUCCUGAUGAACCUUUGCGUAGCAGAAAGGUGUUCGUUGGGCGCUGCACCGAGGAUAUGACUGCAGAUGAGCUCCGGCAGUUCUUUUCUCAGUAUGGAGAAGUGGUAGAUGUCUUCAUCCCCAAACCCUUCAGAGCUUUUGCUUUUGUUACAUUUGCAGAUGAUCAGGUUGCCCAGUCUCUUUGUGGAGAGGACUUGAUCAUUAAAGGAAUCAGCGUACAUAUAUCCAAUGCUGAACCUAAGCACAAUAGCAAUAGACAGUUAGAAAGAAGUGGAAGAUUUGGUGGUAAUCCAGGAGGCUUUGGGAAUCAGGGUGGAUUUGGUAAUAGUAGGGGGGGAGGAGGUGGUUUGGGGAACAACCAGGGCAGUAAUAUGGGUGGAGGGAUGAAUUUUGGAGCAUUUAGUAUCAACCCUGCUAUGAUGGCCGCAGCCCAGGCAGCAUUGCAGAGCAGCUGGGGAAUGAUGGGCAUGUUAGCUAGUCAACAGAAUCAGUCUGGGCCAUCAGGAAACAACCAACCUCAAGGCAACAUGCAAAGGGAGCAGAACCAGGGUUUUAGUUCAGGAAGUAAUUCUUACGGAGGAUCUAACUCUGGAGCAGCAAUAGGUUGGGGAUCAGCAUCAAAUGCAGGAUCAAGCAGUGGGUUUAAUGGAGGCUUUGGUUCAAGUAUGGAUUCCAAAUCAUCAGGCUGGGGGAUGUAGACAGUGGGCUCUGAUAUACUGACUCUAUGGUGGGAAAUCAAAUUUUUCUAAACUCAUGGUAAGUAUAUUGUAAAUUGCAUAUAUACUAAAAUUUUCCUGAUCAAUUUGUUCAAUGUGCAGUAUAUUCAACAGUAUUUUUGACAUUUUUCUUUUGUAAAAAGAAAGGUUAAAGGAAUUAUAUAAGUUUUGUUACAUAAUUUUUUGGAAUAUUGAAUGAUUGAAAGUGAACUGCUGUUUGCCUGAUGGGUAAACUAACACUACAGUUGAGAGGAAGGGUUUCUCCUGUAAUAUUUUAUUCCUUGUUUCCUGGUCAGCUGAAUUCUUUGCAUGUUCAAAAAGGAAACCAUUGGUCAGAAACUACAUUCUUUCUUUUCCUCUUGUUUGUUUUAAUUUGAUCCCCACCAUAAGAAUCUCUCCAAAUGCCCCAGUUCGAGAACACAGCAUUGGUGUUUUUUGUUUGUUUGUUUUCCUUUUAACACUGUCUCCCCUCAUAUACUAAGUACAAUAUGAAGGCUUCAUUUAAUCUCUGCAGUUCAUCUCAUUUCAAAUGUGUAUGGAAGAAGCACUUAGUUGAAAGCAGUGCUGUAAAUAUUCUGCUUUAGGAAUACUUCUGUCUACAUGCUUUCUCAUCCAAGAAUACUUCAUCACACUGCACAUGCUACGUCUUAGAUGGUGGGUGUUCCAUUUUUAUCCGCUACUCUUUAUUUCAUGGAAUCGUAUCAACGCUAUGAACGCAAGGCUGUGAGAUGGAACCAGAAGGCUGUUUGAACUUUUGAAACCUUGUGUGGGAUUGAUGGUGGUGCCGAGGCAUGAGAGGGCUGGUAUGUGCGAGAAAAAGGAGAGAGCGCAUGCAGAAACCUGGUGGUGCAUUAUGGGAUUUUAUUUUACUUGGCGAGAUGUCUCUCAAUCCUGUGGCUUUGGUGAGAGAGUGUGCAGAGAGCAAUGAUAGCAAAUAAAGUACGAGUGUUUCUUCCAUUCAAAGGACAUCCAUAUCUGGAAGACUAAAUGGGUUUUAUACCUAGUUAACCAAUUAGUUGAAUGUGUUAAGUGAAAUGAAUAUCUGUAUUUUUUUUCCCCUUAUGUCAACUGCUGUGAAUGUUGUAUGGUGUGUGUUCUUUUCUGUUAAUGAUAUGUAAGUGUGGUAAUGUGAAUCGAAGAUGAUGGAGUUUGUGACGAGAACAUUGAGUUUGUGGUGUGCUUUGCAGUAGUUGUAGCAGAGUUCACUAGCGAGCUCAGUGUGCCUCUUAAGGGUGGAAGUUCCACUGUCUAUAAGAUAUCCAUAAGAAUGCUGUUUGCUGCAGUUCUGUGUUUGGAUGCUUUUUAUAAGACUUGUCAAUGUAGGAAAUUCUUAAAUAAAACUGAUUUAAGUAAUAUGUGUCUUUGUUUUGCAGCCCUGAAUGCAAAGAAUUCAUAGCAGUUAAUUUAUUUUGUCCUUUGAGAUGAACUUCUGUAAAGUUGUUUUUGCAGUAAUUCAGUUUGUUUCAGAUAAGCAUGCUUUAAAAGUUGACAAGUCAAAUGGAUCCAUCACUCUUCAUGCAUUGAUACCUGACACCCAACUUGUAAUCCACUGUCUAUUUUUGCAUUGUUCUGAGAUACAUAUCUAAAAUGCAGUUCUCACAAGGUUGAGUGCUCUCACCUAAAAUGGUAAGCCAUUCCCUCCAGCUUGCAUCCUCACCAAGGAAGCUCCUACUUGUUUUUAGGAAUGAGGGUGGAUUUUUUUUGGAGUUGGGGAGAAGGGGCGAUGGGGAAGUAGCUAACACAUAUACCUGUUAGUAGACUUGCAGCUCUUAAAUGUAUUUUCGAAAGCAGCUUCUUUGAGGAUGAGAAUGUAAAGCAAAAUAAAUACUGUAGGCUGCUUUAAAUCAGCCUGCUGACUGGGAACAAAAGGGAAAAUAUUCCCACUCUAAUUUGAGCACAGGAGAAACUGUAAACUUAUGGCUAAAAUAAAAUAUUAGCUCAUGAUGAAGAAUGUCCACCCGAAGAAAGUAUUGAUGAAUUUAUGAGGCUGCUUAUCUCCAAAAGAGAAAUGUAUCCAGUAGUAACACAUCCAGCAAGGUUACUUCCAUAAAUAUUAGAUCUUCAGAAAUUGAUAUAGUGUGUGCUUGAAAUCCACCACCACACUGAUCCUUUUAUUACUGUAUUUCAUAUUCUGCAGCUUAUGAAUAUGAAAAUUUAAGGCAAUUUACUUUAGUUUCUGCUUUGACUUGGAUAUUUAGGUUCUUAAAGUGGAUCUUAAUUAGGAUGUAUCCUAUUUAUUUGAUUCUCAAUAUGGUUUAUCAUGAAAAGGAGACUAAUUUUUAGAUAUUUGCACUGGUAUUACUUUAACUCCAGUCCAAGGGGAUAGCUGGCAACUAAGUCUCAAUCUAAGUACUU